AUGUCUCAGACCUUCCCCGAGGUGAUUGGAGUGACGAGCACUCAGCAUGUGACCUCUGCGAUAAGCUUCCGCACACAGGAAGAGAGUGAGAUGCAGCGCGCUUAUGUACCAGUGGUUUACAUAGAACAGGCUCACUCAUGGUGCACAGCCGGACGAACGACCAUAGACUGGCACUCGGAAGUCUUGCAGUCUGGGCUACUCUCGGGUACCUGGUUACCCUCCUCGCCCAGGGGAAAGUCCCCGGACACGCGGUCGAAAGUGCUCCGGCUGAAGCCGGUGUUGACUGGAGCCUCGGCAGUAUCAGCGGAGACGCUCUGGGAGCGGAGCUGGGCGUUCUCCAGUCAACUUUGUCAGCGGUGA